CUGCAGCCCUCUGCCCGACUGCGCGGCUCGCCGAGCGGACACUGCGCGUGGCGUGCACCGGUGAUGAUGGAGCCACGGGCGCUGUGAAGCUGCAGCCGGUCGCACAAAGGCAGGGAUGAGACGGUAGGAGGCUUUUGUAUGGGCCAGCCUGCAGUGAUUAACUCGCCCUAACGAUGUCUAAGAGCCUCAAGAAGAAAAACCACUGGACCAACAAAGUCCACGAAGCAGUAGUAACCCGGGGGAAGGAAGGGGAGCUGGGGUUCGAGCUGAAGGGGGGCGCGGAGAUCGGCCAGUUCCCCUACUUCGGCGAGGUGAAGCAGGGGAAGGGACUGAUCCAGAGCGGCAAACUGGCCCAGGAUGAGCUGCUGCUGGAGGUCAACAACAUGCCGGUGGCCGGGCUCACCACCCGGGACGUGCUGGCCGUGAUUAAACACUGCAAAGACCCGGUCCGCCUCAAGUGUGUCAAGCAAGGGGGGGUGGUUGACAAGGAUUUGCGACACUACCUCAACCUUCGGUUCUCCAAGGGCUCAGUGGACCACGACCACCAGCAGAUCAUCAGAGACAACCUCUACCUCCGCACCGUUCCCUGUACCACCAGGCAGCCUAAGGAGGGGGAGGUGCCCGGGGUGGACUACAACUUUGUGAGUGUGGAGCGGUUUAUGGAACUGGAGCAAAGUGGAGCCCUGCUAGAGAGUGGAACCUAUGAAGAUAACUUCUACGGCACACCGAAACCUCCAGCGGAGCCGUCCCCCGCAGCACCUCCUCUGAAUGUAAGUGAGGCCCUGCUGCCCGGAGCCCGGCCCAGCGCCCAGGGCAAGAGGAAGAGGAACCAGUCCGUCAGCAACAUGGAGCAGCGUGCCAGCCUGGAGCCGCCUGAGGAGGAAGAAGAGGAUAGUCCAGUUGUCAAUGGCAACGGGGUGGCCAUCACACCAGAGUCCAGUGAACAUGAGGACAAGAGCACAGAUGCCUCUGGGGAAGUUGCUGUUGAAACGUCCAGCCAGGCCCCAGCCUCUAUUGAGCCCCCCUCCGAAGGAGAGGAGGCCCCAAAAUCUCCCUCUAAAUCCCCCAUCAAAGUUCCAGACAUAGAUGAAGAAGAGCUGGGUCCUCUUCCCGACAACUGGGAGAUGGCCUACACCGAGAAGGGGGAGGUCUAUUUCAUAGAUCAUAACACCAAAACUACAUCAUGGCUGGAUCCUCGGCUCGCAAAGAAAGCAAAGCCACCAGAAGAAUGCAGAGAAGACGAGCUGCCCUAUGGCUGGGAGAAGAUAGAUGACCCCAUCUACGGCAGCUACUACGUAGAUCAUAUCAAUCGAAGGACACAGUUUGAGAACCCAGUCCUGGAAGCCAAGAGACGCCUGGAGCAGCAGAGGCAGAUGCAGAGCCAGGGACUCUCCGCUCUACCACUGCCCACUAUAUACAGAGAGAAGCCAUUGUUCACGAGGGACCCGACCCAGCUGAAGGGGAACUUCCUGUCGACAGCCCUGCAGAAGAGCAACAUGGGAUUUGGCUUUACAAUCAUCGGUGGCGACGAGCCAGAUGAGUUCCUGCAAGUGAAGAGUGUAAUACCAGACGGACCCGCUGCUCAGGACGGAAAGAUGGACACAGGUGAUGUCAUUGUCUACAUUAAUGACAUCUGCGUGCUCGGCACCACACACGCCGACGUGGUCAAGCUUUUCCAGUCCGUACCAAUCGGUCAGAGCGUGACCCUGGUGCUCUGUCGAGGAUAUCCUCUGCCCUUUGACCCCGAGGACCCAAGCGGCGCAGCGAGCGCCUCCCUGACACCCAUCGGCAUGGAGCACCGCCCCCUGGUCGUGAACGGCCGCGGCAGCUACGACCCCUACCUGGAGUAUCUGUCGUUGAGCUCCCAGCUUCCUCCUCAGGCUCUGGCUCAGGCCGGAGCUCCUCACCCUGGGGACACACAUCUGGAUGGCUCAUCCCUGCCGCCCACCACACCUGGCUCAGCAUCGGCUCUCACGCCUCACGACGACAACGUGUCAAUGGCCUCCUCUGGGACUGCAGGGGUUGCUGGGGCAACAGCACAUGGUGCAGAGCUUCUGACAGUUACCAUGGUAAAAGGGUCGGAGGGAUUCGGGUUCACCAUUGCUGACAGUCCCACUGGUCAGCGAGUUAAACAGGUGCUGGAUCCGGGCUCACAGGCAGCGUCGGGGUUGAUAGAGGGAGAUCUCAUCCUGGAGGUGAACCAACAGCCAGUGGCUGCAGCUGGACAUGGACGAGUGGUGGAGAUGCUUAAAGAGUGUCCUGUGGGAGCCGAGGCGACUCUCCUCAUACAGAGAGGAGCAACAGGCCACAUCUCUCCGUGGAAGGCCUCCAAACAGUUGCCUGACCAGUGGGACCCACAUGGCAGCCCCCAAGCAAACCUGUCAGGCCCAGUUUUGCCGCCAAGCACGCCGUUCCCAAACCAGCCACAGCACCGCACGUCUGUGCCUGACUCCACCGAGGGCUUUGACCUUAACAAACCUGAUCCCUACGACCUUUACGAGAAGUCGAGAGCUAUCUACGAGAGCCGACGUCCAGAGUAUGAAGAGGUGGAGGUGCACCUGCUGAGGGAGAAGACGGGGUUUGGCUUCCGCAUCCUGGGGGGAGACGAGGCCGUGCAGGCUAUUGUUAUUGGCGCUAUAAUAGAGAACACUCCCGCUGAGCGCGAUGGGCGGCUGCGACCUGGGGAUGAACUCAUUUCUGUGGAUAAAAAUGUGGUUGCUGGGAAACCGCACAAAUACGUAAUAGACUUGAUGCACGCAGCCGCUCGCAACGGUCAAGUCAGCUUGACUGUGAGAAGGAGAGUGCAAAUGCCCGGUGAACUGUGUCCUGUGAAUGGCCGCAGCCCCGGCUCAGUGUCGACACAACACAGCUCUCCACGUAGCGAUGCAGCCUCUGCUUCGGGCCCUCCAGCGGUUGUCGUCCCAGCUGCCACCUCUCCUCCAGAGGGAACCGCCCUGCAAACCAGUGAUGUGGUUAUUCACCGCAAGGAGAAUGAGGGCUUCGGCUUCGUCAUCAUCAGCUCCCUGAAUAGACCAGAAAACGCCACCGUCAUCACGGUGCCUCAUAAAAUAGGACGUAUCAUCGAGGGCAGCCCUGCGGACCGAUGUGGGAAGCUAAAGGUGGGGGACCGGAUCCUGGCUGUGAAUGGACAGUCCAUCAUCAGCAUGCCGCACGCAGACAUUGUCAAGCUCAUUAAAGAUGCUGGGCUAACAGUCACACUGCACAUCAUACCAGAGGAGGGAUCCCAUUCUGGCCCCAGCUCAGAGAAGCAGAGCCCCAUGACCCAGAAACACAGCCCCCAGAUCCAGCCCAGCCCUGUAGCCCAGCCAGGCCAAGGAGGCAGCCAGUCCGGCCAAACGGCCAUUCAGACAGGUCAGAUACCUGCCCAGCCUGGUCAGACACCAGCUCAGACAAGCCAAACAGUGAGUGGCCCUCCUGCACCAGCAGCCUCCCAGCCUGCACCGCCUGGAACCCAGCAGAGCCCGGUCAACCAGCCCUCUGGCCCCCCUCCACAGCUCUACCUCCACGACGGCAGGUCAGAGGUAAAAGCCAGACAGGACGUCAAACCUGACUAUCGCCAUCCUCCAUUCACUGAUUACAGGCAACCUCCAGUAGACUAUCGUCACCCACCAGUUACUGAUUAUCGACAGCCGCCGACGCUGGACUACAGACACCCGCCUGGUCUGCUGGACUUCAGACAGCACCCUGCAGCUGCACAGUUUCCUCUGGGAUUGCCACCUGACUUCAGACCACAGGACUAUGAUUACUUCACAGUGGAGCUGGAGAAAAGUGCAAAAGGUUUUGGCUUCAGUAUCCGCGGGGGCAGAGAGUACAAGAUGGACCUAUUUGUGUUGCGCCUUGCUGAAGAUGGUCCUGCCAUACGUAAUGGAAGGAUGAGGGUAGGGGAUCAGAUCAUAGAGAUUAACGGGGACAGCACUCGGGACAUGACUCACGCCCGCGCCAUUGAACUCAUCAAGGCGGGAGGCAGGCGGGUCAGGCUGCUGUUAAAGCGAGGCACAGGGCAGGUGCCAGAAUAUGACUGUGCCGGCCCCUGGGAUUCCUUUUCUACAGCCCACUCUGCCCUGCAGGAAGUGACCCUUGAACCCUACCAGAAUCCAUUGCUCUCAUCCCAUCCAGCCUCAGCCCCAGACUCCCCUCAUCAGCUCCCUCUAGAGGCCACAGUGUGCAUGGUAGACAAGGCUCCACAGCUGACAGACCACAGCUCCAUUAGAGGGGCUACAGGUGGCAGGUCCACCCAGCAGAAGUGCAUCAUCAGGGGGCAGGGAACCCCUCAGGGGUCUGGAGAGGUGGACUGCGACAGACAGCCUCGGGCUUUGCCUCCCAAAGCUGUCCUGGGGAGGUCCGUUGAAAGAAGAGAGCAGAGGCAGAGGGAGACUUGCUCCCCCUGCUGUGAGAGAAAGGGCCUGCAUACACAGGCAAUGAGCACUGUCUGGCCCUGGGACCCAUAUGUGAGUGUGAAUUUGAAUGGAGCCUCUCUCAGCGGCGGAGAUGGACAUGUCAGCCUCCAGGAGAGGCUGGUGUCCAGAGGUCUGUUCCCCAGAGAAGAUGAGAAGUCCAGUGGUCACAGUGGGCUCUGCUGCCCCUCAAAAACCAUAGAAGAUCCUCCUGCGAGGAGCGCAGCGGCCUCCCCUGGGCCCUGGAACGUCUCUGGGUCUGACAAACUGCCUGGCACCCUGAGGUCCUGGACCUCCACAGUAAGCCGGUAGAAUGGAUCUCGUUGGUUUGGACCGGAUCACACUGUCUGGCUCCUCAAUCAGUUCAUCAUCGGUUGUCUGAGAAAAGCAGUAAAUCUCCCUCACCCUCUCUUUCUGUCCUGUUUUCUUCUACAUCUACUUCUAAAAUCAUAUUUUAUGUUUCAUUUGUUCUUAUGAGAUAAUUAUUACACCCACCACCUUAAAAAACAGAGGAACUUUCACAGCUAUUGUAACAUACAGUAUAAACCCGAUGGACACUACUCAAUAUGUAGGCAUUUUGGACCCUCAGAUGAGACAGUUAAUGUUCUGAUCACAGAUGGAGCAACAAUGUCUGAUUUUGAGUGGAGCUGUGCUUUCGACGCGUACCUUUAACUGCUCUACCUUAUCUGGCUCAGAUUGGUUAGUGCAACGUAACCUCAGAUGGAACAAGGUUCCUCGCAGGGCAGAGACAUAUGUACAUCCAAGAGAUUUACUUUUGCUCCAUUUUCUCUGUGCAGUGGGAGAAGAGUGAGACUACAAAUCUGUCAGAGGGAGGCAGUGACACUGACACUCCUGGAGGACAUGGCAUUGACCCAAGUGACAGCCUGGUUAACCCGACAUAUGUUAGAUCUCACAUGCCUACCAAUAUAUCAUAUACUGUAAAUGUAAA